CGAAUCCGGCGAGCGUUUCUCCGAGGGGAUUCGUGGCAGUUUCUUCCGCGUUUCAGCCUCAUGAUUCCGGUCGUGACAGUCAGCUGACAGCGCUUGUGCAGAGAGGGUCCUCUAAAACUCCGAAACGAAGAUUAAAAUCCGCGCGAUGGCCGCAGCUCCUCCGAAAAUCAAGGUGUCGUUCGGUGGAAACGACAGGUUGCAGAAACUGAAAGAGGCUUUUCGUGGGAAAUACGGACAGACGCCCCUGUUCUUCGCCCGUGCUCCGGGGAGGGUGAAUUUAAUAGGUGAGCACAUUGAUUAUUGUGGCUAUGCUGUGUUGCCGAUGGCCAUAGAGCAGAAUAUUCUUGCUGCGGUUUCUGUCAGUGACUUGAGUUCAAUCCAGCUGGCCAACACUGACCCCAAAUACAAGGAUUUCACUGUGUCUGUAGAUGGCAUCUCCAUCGACAGGGACAAUCCUCAGUGGCACUAUUACUUCCUUUGUGGAGUGAGAGGAAUUGGGGAGCACUUGAGCUUGUCUCCGCUGGCGGGGAUGCGCUGCGUGGUAGACGGGACUAUCCCGGCCAGCUCAGGUCUUUCCAGCUCCAGCGCCCUGGUGUGCUGUGCCGGCCUGGUCACGAUGGAGGCCAAUCAGACGUCUCUGUCUAAGGUGACUCUUGCGGAGACGUGCGCCAAGUGUGAGCGUUAUAUCGGCACCGAGGGGGGAGGAAUGGAUCAGUCCAUUUCUUUUCUCGCAGAGGAGGGAACAGCGAAGCUGAUUGAGUUCAACCCGCUGCGAGCCACAGACGUGAAGCUGCCCGACGGAGCCGUCUUCGUGAUCGCCAACUGCUGCGUGGAGAUGAACAAGGCGGCCUCAUCUCACUUCAACAUGAGGGUGGUGGAGUGCCGCAUUGCCACAAAGAUGCUGGCUAAGGCGCGCGGCCUGGACUGGAGCGGUCUGCUGAAGCUGGGAGAUCUUCAGAAGGAGCUGCGGCUGAGUCUGGAGCAGAUGCUGGAGCUGGUGGAGGAGGUGCUGCACCCUGAGCCCUACAGCAGAGACGAGAUCUGCAGGAGUCUGGGCAUCAGCGCCCAGCAGCUGCGUGAAGACGUCCUCAGCGCCAACACGCAACACGCGACUGAUUUUAAGCUGUACCAGCGUGCCAGGCACGUGUACGGCGAGGCUGCGCGCGUCCUGCAGUUUAAGGCCGUGUGCGACUCUUCUCCUGUCACCGCCGUCGCUCAGCUGGGUGACCUGAUGAACCAAAGCCACGCCAGCUGCAGAGACUUGUACGAGUGCAGCUGCUCAGAGCUGGACCAGCUGGUGGACAUAUGUCUGCAGGCGGGCGCCGUGGGGUCGAGGUUAACCGGAGCAGGAUGGGGAGGCUGCACGGUUUCCAUGGUACCCGGAGAACGAAUAGAUUCUUUUCUCCAAACUGUGAGAGAGCGCUAUUACGCGCCUGACGCCCGUCGGUCCGCUCUGGAGGAGCAGAGUUUGUUCGUGACGAGGCCGGGAGGAGGGGCGGCGAUUUUCAUAGAGGAGUGAAAAGUAGCGGCGCGAUUUUCUGUCGUUUUAGCAACACAAAUCGAGCCUGUGGCCUUAGAAGCAGGAGGUGGUGGGUUUAAUGGCAGAUAUGAUGAAAGGGAAGCAGACUGUGUAAAGUCUGAACGGGCAUUUGUACUCUGUAUGUCUUAAAAGAAUAAAGAGAGCACAUUUUAUAUAGAAAAUCGAAGCUUUUUAAGGCAUUAGAGAAAGAUUCAAGAAAUGAUCAGUACAUUCCUACCUUUGUUGCACUUUCUGAAAGCGUUGAACAAUAUUCAACCAGUCACAUUCAAUAAAAAUCUUAAUGUUUCCAA